CCACAAGCCACAACUAGCUAGUCCGGUCGCACCUCGACCACUGCUGCGCUUGGGACCAACGCUAGCUGCCGGCCUGCCGCUGGUAUUUAUCAGUGGCGCGCUUGGCCUCCCACUCCCGAACUCCCUUUGCCUCUGUUUGUUGCUGCGUGUUGCGGCACGCUCGCCUAACAUUUCAUUGGCUUCUCCUCCCGAUCCAGUGCCGCUGUGUAUCGCGCUGCUUGGGGGAGCCGUUUUGACGUCCGAGCUCUUAAUUCCUUCUCGUCUUCAGUGUCGGUGUUGCUCACUCCUGUCCUACCCUUCUCUGCGUGCCUGACCGGCCAGAGACAUGGCGAAGGUGUUAGUUUUUGUAGAUUGCGUUGGUCGCACAUCCUUCCUUCCCCUGUUCGGAGCCAGAGUAAAACUAAUUGACUCUGUCUGACGCACUGUUCUUCAUGUGCAGAAAAUUGUGGUGAAGCUGGAUUUGCAUGACAACAAGGACAAGCAGAAGGCCAUGAAGGCCGUCUCUGUGAUUGUCGGCAUUGACGCCAUAUCGGUAGACAUGGCAUCACACAAGAUGACGGUGAUUGGCACGAUGGACCCGGUGAACGUGGUGAGCAAGCUGCGCAAGUCGUGGGCGGCGCACAUCGACUCUGUCGGCCCGGCCAAGGAGCCAGAGAAGAAGGAAGAGAAAAAAGACGGAGAAGGCAAGAAGGAAGGCGAGGCCAAGAAGGAAGAGGGAGACAGCAAGAAGGAAGGAGACGGCAAGAAGGAAGAGGGAGACAGCAAGAAGGAAGGUGAUGGGAAGAAAGAUGGCGACGGCAAGAAGGAAGGUGACGGCAAGAAGGAAGGUGACGGCAAGAAGAAGGAGGACGGCGACGAUGGCAAGAAGGACGAGGCGGCGGGCAAGAAAGAGGAAGGCGGCAGUGAGAAGAAGCCCGCCGCGGUGGCGCCACUGCCUAUGCCACUGCAUCAUCUACCACCGCAGUAUAUGAACAUGGUCACGGCGGACUACAUAAACCAGUACCGCCCGCUGCCACCGCCGCCGCCGGCGGCCUACCCGUACGUGCCGCCCCAGUACUACUACGCGCGGAACAUGAGCAUGGAGGAGAACCCCAACUCCUGCGCCAUAUGCUGAAGGGCUCCGGCCGCUUUCUUGCGCUGCAUGAGGUAGGCGUACGUACGUACGUGUUCCAUCCAUGUGUACAUCCGCCGUAUUUUUAUUUUUAUGAGAAAAAAGCACUAGUUUGCGAGUCCAAACUAGUAGUACGAACGUAAAUCUGUAACUGAAUUUUGUGUUGCUACGUACCGGGGUGACUGGUGAGUAGCACUACUGCAUCAUCUUUUUCUUUGAAGCAAAGAUAGCAAGAACCAGAAA